AUGAAGAACACCAGCAGCAAACACCAGCAACAACAGUAUCAGCAGCAGCAGCAUCACCAGCAGCAUCAGCAGCAGUAUCAACAACAGCAGCAGCAGCAGCAUCAGUAUCAGCAUCAGCAGCAGCAUCAGCAGCAGUAUCACCAGCAGCAGCAGCAUCAGCAGCAGUACCAGCAGCAGCAGCAGCAUCAGCAGUAUCAGCAGCAGCAGCAGCAGCAGCAGCAGGAAGAACAGAGAGAAAGAGAAGACAGAGACAAACAGCCUCACUGA